AUUCAUGUUGUGUGGAUGAGAUAGUAGAAAACACAGACACAGUAUUGAGGAGCAUUAAUGAUACUGGUUAGCCGUAUCCAAGUUCAUUGUGGAGGAGCCAUGUUUUCAAAGUGUUCUUCUCUCUUGUCUCUUCCCGAAUUCAUCACUGUUACAAACCCACCAACGUUUUCCAAUCCUGCACCCAAAUUCAUCCCUAGAAGAAGAAGCUCCACAAGACCCUUUCAUCUCACACUCGCCAAAGCAGAGGGAAACCUUGACUCAGAUUCACCCUCAACUUCCUCUUCUUCUCCUUCUCCUUUUGCCACUGACCAAACGGUUUUCGUGACUGGCGAGGAUGUUCCAUUGGAGGGUGUCAUCCAGUUCGAGAAACCCACCUCUUCUCCUCCUUUUGAAAAAUGGGGGCGUGUGGCUCUUCUAGCUGGUGCGGAUGUGUUGGCCUUGUUUGUGUUUGCGACGAUUGGAAGAUACAGUCAUGGACUUUCUGUUUUGGACCUUGAGACUCUGCGCACUGCAGAUCCUUUUAUAGCGGGGUGGUUUUUGGGUGCUUACUUCCUUGGAGGUUUUGGGGAGGAUGGCCGCGGGAUGAAUGGUCUCUACAAGGGUGUAGUUGCUACUACCAAGUCAUGGGCUGUUGGGAUCCCUAUAGGAAUAGUAAUAAGGGCAGCAGCAUCAGGUCAUCUACCGAAUUAUGGUUUUGUACUUGUUAGUCUGGGAAGCACUGCUGUUUUACUUAUCACAUUCAGAGCAUUAUUAUAUGCUAUUCUUCCCGUUGACAAUAGCAAGAAGAGCGAUGACUAUCGCCGUGGCAGUCCCUUUGAACUCUUUGAGUUGCUCACAUCAUUAGUACGGCGGUGGUAGUAAUGGUUUGCAUGUUCACGGCAACAUAAUACACAUCUGAAUGUCAGUUUCCAUCGCUAAUCUCCUUGUACUAUCGGCUCAUGAAAAAAGUAAGAGUAGAUGUAUACUGCUGUUGAAUUUUAUUCAACUAAAUGUGUACACUAUUAUUACACCUUUGAUCAAUUAAAAGUGCAUUAACUAUCAAGUAAUUUGAAUCAUGCUCUGGUCCAAGUAAGAGCAAGAUGUUUACUGCAGUUUAAUUUUAUUCCACGAAAUGUGUAUACUAUUAUUACACACCAUUGAUCAAUUAAAAGUGCAUUAACUAUUAAGUCAUUUGAAUCA